AUUCAGUCCAGCCAAGAUUUAAAGAUGUUUUUCCGUUUAAUAACAGACUAUAUAUUAAGUUAACAAACAAUAUAGCCAGAUUUUGAGUGAGUUCGCCCAGAAAUCGCUGGUAGCCGCAGCCUUGUUGCCUUCACGUAUCCAUUAGAACAGGUUCACAGAUUUUUCUCAUCUCGAAUCCAUACUUUCUUUACCGUCACUGGUCAACACUUUAGCUGUGUUCGAAGUCCCGCCUAUAUUGCUAUGGAAGGAGGACCAUCGCGAUCUCGCAAGCGUUCUUUCAAGGACUCCGGAGAUGAUGGCUCCGAAAACCCCUCUGGGGAAAAGAGGUUAAGGUUCCCUAAAGGAAAAAAGUUAAAGCAUGGGGAUUACGCCGGGAAUAGAAACGAAGAAUUACCUAGUGGAUUGAAUCCCCGUCUUGCAGCAAGAGAGCGUGCAAUGCGCAGAAAUAAAAUCACCUCUGAACUCCUUGAGGAAGAAAGUAGAGGAUUGAUUCCCAACAUUGAGCUAGCUGAAGAGAUUUAUGAGGAAGAUGAAUCAUUCACUGAUGAUGGAAUCCAGAUUUAACCUUUUAAUCUUGCAAAAGAGAGGGAAGAAGGUUAUUUUGAUGCCAAUGAGAACUAUGUUGAAUAUGCUCAUGAACGUGAUGUCAAGGAUGCAUGGCUUGAUAGCAUUGAUGUUCAUCCAAAAGCUGCUGGGAAGGAAAAACUUGCAACCAUAGAAGAUGAGGCACCCGAACUUACAUCAGAAGAGCUCGGGAAGAUGAAGAGCUCGGGAAGAUGAAGAGGCGAAUUGCUGAUGUUCUUGAUCCCGGGGCCGGGGAGACAGUUUUGCAAGCACUAAGGAGGUUAAAAGGCACUUCAAAAAACAAGGAGAAAAUGACAACGGAAAAGAAACUGGUUUUUGAUAAGCUAACAGAACAUGCCAUGAAGCUGAUAGAGAAUGGCUAUUACAAUGUCUAUGACGAAAGGCAAGAGAGUUUCCAGCGUGAAGCAGAGGGAUAUGAGAGGCUAACUCAAGCCAAAGCACUGGGUACAUCUAUGGAGUUGAAGAAUAAUACUUCUAGUGUCUUUGAUGACGAUUUUAUUCCCACAGAAGGUCCAUCAAAUGCCAAUGCAUCCACUUUUAUAGGCAACAGUGAGGAUGAUUCUUAUGACAUGUUCACUGAGGAUGAGGGAACCCCUCUGACUACUACUAACCAUGCCUCAAAUGAGGGUGGUCAGGAAAAUGAGUAAAUGACUAUGUGUAUGAUGAGUCAUCUGGCUAUUACUAUAGCAUCAAUUUGGGCUACUAUUACGACCCUUCAUCAGGACUGUAUUGCAAUGCUGCUUCAGGAAAAUGGUAUUCCUAUGAUGAAGAAACUGGCAAGUAUGAGGAGAUCCAGCAAGCUGAAACCAAUAUGAGCUAAGUAGAGUAUGAUUCUAAACGGUACUAAGCCACUACAGUGGCAUGUGAUGUGGAUGAUGCAAAUAUGAUUUUAUUUACUAGUACAUGUUUGAGCAAUGAGAGGUAUUUUAUUGUCUUGAAACAAAUAUACGAAACAGAGCAUUUUCAAGUGUGUGUGUGUGCGUGUGUAUAUAUAUGUGUGUAUGUCUGCGAUAAACGGAGAAAACAUUUCCGGCUAAAGGUCGCUUGUGACACGAAUUUGGAGUAAUAUC